AUGCCUCCUACGUUGGACCUCAGCGGCGCCACCCAUUCCAAGAUGAUGGUGGUGCCGCCCAGACUCAACUUGAGGAGAGCAGCGUCCUACCAAGGCGAAAAGGGACCUUUGUCUUCCACCUCUUCGCGCUUCAGCUUCAACCACCUUGUUUUUGCCUCGCCACCACCAUCGCCGAGGUUACCCACUCUCGUGCCUCCGCGACCGAGGAAGGCCUCCAAUCCGCCGAGGCCGAGUCGUGUUUUCAAGACGCUGCUAUUUGUAGCGGUGGCCGUGGGUAUGGUUUACUUUUCUAUAACUGCCGUCUGUGGCUCUAGAGUCACCAUCCCCUGGCUGGAGCCCGAACCAGAGCAGUUUGAAAUGGUUGGCCAGGCGGGAUUGCCCGACUUUCCCACACCAAUCGUUUUUCACGACAAGCGCGGGAACCCGAAAUGGACCGUCUUCAUUCCGCUUGAGCAGCCAUUCCCGCUAUCUAUGCAGGGCUACGCCGACAUGGUGUCGAUGUGCCGUGGAGUUUCGAUGCGUGUCAAUGAUCUGCACAACCCAGGGCGGGCAGCGGAUACUUCGCACCAUAACCCGUCGAAACUCGUAUCUGGAGAUGCGCACUUUGUGGAUGUCGAAGAAGCCGAGGCGGCCAAGCUACUUCCUGGUGCUGCCGUUGGAUAUCAGAAGGGAGAGACACCUGUCUGUACGUCUAGUUUGACGUACGUGCUUGAGUCGACCGAUGCGGGGAUCGGGAAGUCCCUUAUGAUGAUGUGGACUGCGUAUGGACUGGCACAGCGCCAAGGGCGUGCCUUUUUCGUUGACGACACCCGGUGGGCGUACGGGAAAUAUACCGAUAUUUUCAACAAAGCCCCGGAAGCAGGAUGCCGUGCUCCAAGGAAACACGAAAUUCUGCCGUGUCCAUAUCAGGCGCGGCACCUUCUUGUCAACUUCGCCACGGUUGAGGGAUACGUUUCAGCGUCGCUGGGUGAGCAGCCAUCCACGGGCCCUGUUGAGCAGAUGUCCUCGGACCGACAGCGGGAGCGUUUUGAUCUUGCCAGGACCGGAUACGAAGCUCUAUUCCACCUCAACGCACAGGAUACCGAAUAUGUAAAGAAGCGUACUGCAGAGUUGCGUGGCCAGACUCGUGCACUGCCCGGCCAGCGUGAUGGCCUCGUUGUUGGUUUGCAUGUUCGACGCGGCGACAGACACCCGCUCGAGUACCAGUACCGCGACUCGUAUCUGCCUUUCACGGCCUAUGCAGAGAUGGCGAAGAAGCUUUUGGCUGGCAACGAAAAGCAGUCAGUCAAGAUCCUGGCAUCGGAUGACCCGAUGGUCUACGAAAGCGACGACUUCUCCGGCACAGCCCGUGCUCAGGAGCUCAUUAAACUUGCGAGCAAAACAGCGAUCCAGCAGGUCAACCCGAACAGCAACCGAGGGGUCAUGCACAAAUUCGUUGAUGACACGUUUGGCUGGGAAGGCGGCUUCUUCGCCGCCAUGUUCUGGAACUUGGGUCUGUCAAGCACCAGCGCGGCGCACUCGUCGCACAAGCAGGCUGUCAUGGCCACCAAGGGCGCCGCAUCUCCAUCAGCGGACACGGCACGGCUGAGAAGCUACAUGGGCCGUGCCUACAUGAUGGACCUUGCCGUACUCGCGGACGCGAGCGACGCCGUUGUGUGCACCGUCAGCGCCAUGGGAUGUCGGCUCCUGGGCGUCAUGAUGGGUUGGGAAAGGGCGUUUGAGAACGGCAAGUGGGUUAACAUCGAUGGUGAUUAUGGGUGGGGUGGUGGCACUUGGUGA